CGCUUAAGAUGUCGGUGUGAUUGUUGUUUCGUGAUGAACCCAUUAGGCCGUGGAUAUUAUUAUAUUUUAUCCCGAAAUGACUUGCUCGUUGUGGCAAAAAUAUAUAAAAUUUUGGCCUAAAUUUAUAAAUAACAAGUGUUUCAUUAUUAAUAAUUACUAUUAUUAAACAAUAAUCAAAUUUUACUAACAUUUAAUUCUUCUUGAAGAAGAGUUUUUACAAGUGUGUGUAACCACCAACGGAGAUUGAAGAACCAGUAGGGUCACAGACUGACGAUACGAAUCGACUUUUUACCAAAAAAAAGUUAAUUAAAUACUCGGAACGAACGCGUGUUUUUAGGUAUAUAAAUAAAUAUAUACUGAAGUGAAUAUAAAAAAAUAUAUUAAUAAAAUUUAUUUGUUUAAAAAUAAACAAAGCAGACAAUAAUAAUAAAGUGUUGAAGUGUAAUAAAUAAAAUAAAUAAUAAUUUGUUAUGGGAGCAAAAACAAGUACCGUAGCACAAGCUACGGGUGGAAAUGGACAGUCUUCCACCGGUACAACAGCAACAAAUGAUUCAACAACAACAGCAACGACAAUGCAGGGUUUUUCAAUAUUAAGAUCACUACCUGGUGGUGUUAGUUUACUACAGCAUCAUAAUCAACCUCAAUCAUCACGAGUUGCUGGUGAUAAUAGACAACGAGCAAGAUCAUUGAGUUCAGUGCCAGAUUUGUCAGGGGAGCAGGCAGUUAACCUAGCAAAUACUGUUGGUUUAAAUGUUGGACAAGCACUUGGAUUAGGUAAUCUUGAUUCUGAUGACGGUGACGAGGACAGUGGUAGAGUUUACGCUACACACAGCUUGCCUUCACACAUCUGGUCAUUUAAUGGUCUGAAAUGCCCUGUUUGCUCCAAAUUUAUUCUGCCAGAUGACAUUGAGUGUCACUUGGUGAUGUGCCUGACAAAACCACGUCUUAGCUACAACGAGGAUGUAUUAGCCGAUGAGAAGGGAGAAUGUGUUAUUUGCCUGGAGGAUUUACAACCAGGUGAUGUGAUAGCCCGCUUACCUUGUCUGUGUAUAUACCACAAAAACUGCAUUGAUAAAUGGUUUCAAGUAAACCGCAGCUGUCCUGAGCAUCCUGGUGAUUGAUUUCCACUCGGUGAAAUAAAAAGUAAUUUAAAAAUAAUAAAAAACCGUAAAAUAAAGCAAAUCGAAAUCAACUGAAAAUGAAAAAAAGUGAAACAAAUAAUUGGUUAAAUAAAUAAUAAUAAUAAUAAAAUAUAAAUAUUGGACUCGAAGAGCAAUCGAUGAAUUGUAAGUUGAGGAGUGACAGGAAAAGUGAGAUGGGGGGGUUUAAAAAAAAUACAUAUUUAACUAGUCAAGGGUGGCCGCUAGUCUGCGAUGGUGAUUUCUAUUCGUAAACGUGGCGUUCGUUUGAUUAUAAAUAUUUAAAUAAUAAUAAUAAUAAUAAUAAUAAUAAAAAAAGAAAAAUAAACCAAGACUCGACUUUGAUAAAUUUUCGGGUUAAAUUAAUUAAGUAAAUAAAUAAGAUAAAUAAACAAUGGACAGAUUUAAUUAAAUUUUUAAUUUUUAAUAUUAAUAAUGGGAGUUUCAUCGCCAUACGAUACAGCUAUUAUGUGCUGAUUAUCUUAUAUGUACCUAUAAUUAUUAUUGAUUAUAAUUAUUACUAUUAUUAUUAUCAUUACUACUAUUAUUAUUAUUAUUAUUUAAAUUUUACUAUUAUUUAAAUUUUAAUUAUUAUUAUUAUUUUUAUUCUAUUAAUGCUCUUUUGCUUGAUACCGAUUGUACCAUAUUUAUAAAUUUAAUUAACUUAGUUUUACAAUUUAAAGUCGAAAAAAAAAAUAGUGUUUAAGCAUAAAACCAUUACCAAUUAAGAUCAAUGAACAUAUUACUGUAAUUAUUAUUAUUACAAUUCUGAUUAUUUUUGAGCGCGGGAAAAAGUGAUGUUUAGUCGAAGAUAUACAAAUAUGUGUCUGUUUUAAAACAGGUGAGCUGUAUCUUAGAUAAAUUAUUAUAAUUAUUAAUUUUAAUAAUUUUACAAUUGAGAUAAUGUAUUGUUUUUUGUUGUCUGUUGGGGGAUGAGUGCUAGAAAGGAUAUUUUUGAUACUUUCAUAAAUGGGAGAGAACCAGGAUGUGAAAGAUAUAUUAAUAUGAAGUAAAGGAUUUGUCAUUGUGCUGUUGACGCUGUAGUAAUAAUAAAGGUUCUAAUUGAAUUUUUUU